GAGCAUUUUUCGCGUGUGGUGGAGGCGCUCAUCGCGGUUCUUCCCAGCCAUGGAAGUGUCGUCGCCGCAGGAUCUGGAGACGCUCAAGUAUGCCGACCUGCAGCGCCUGGCCAAGACUGCAGGGCUGAGAGCUAACCUCAAGGCAGACAAGCUGUUAACUAUGUUAAAGCAGCACUUCUUUAAGCCAAUACAGGAAAAAGAAAAUGUGGACAACAAAAGGGCCUCCUUUUCUUCUACAGAUACAGAAGAAUGUAACACCAAUCAAAUUCCGGUAAACUUAUCCAUGGUCACCAAAAGGUGUAAAAAUCAGGAAAAUGAUAAUGCACAGAACCAUGCAAUAGAAAGACAAAAUAUUAAUGAUAAGGAAGCAGAAGUUCAUCCAGAAAAAGAGCUACAGAUUCUGACAGAGCUGGAAGAAAGGGAAGAGACUUGGGAUCAUGGAUCUGGCAAUGAACUGACUAUAACUCAAAAUAAAUGUCCAGCAAACUGCAGGAUGACAGAAAACUUGACAGAGAACUUUGCCACUCCAAAUCUUGAAAAUGGGAAGAAUUCUACUAGGCAAAAAAGAGUUGGAAAUAAGACUGGUAUGGAUUCUCUGUCUGGAAAGAAACCCGGUCUCACAAACAGCCUAUCCAAAUCUGCAAGGGCAAGAAUUGCGUGUACCACUCCAAACUUUAAGAAACUUCAUGAAGCUCAGUUCAAGAAAAUGCUAUCAAUUGAUGAUUAUAUUGAAAGGAAAAAUAAAAUGAUUCAGAACUUCAAUGCAGUUAAUGAAGGCAAGAUGCUGGCUAAGAAGAGUAGCUACCUGAAUUCUCCUCAAAAUGAAAUUCUAAAUAUUGGUUCCAAGGUGAGGACACAUUCUAGUGGACUUUUAUCAAGCCCUCAUCCUCAGAGGAAUAUGCUGUCCGCUACAUGUACUCCUGUAAACCUGCGGCACUCACCACGCAAUUCUCUUGGCACUGCAAACAAAGGUAUUUUAUCUCAGAAAUCAGCACUGGGUUCAACUGGCUGCUCAACAAUCAAAAUGAAUGUCAGGUUCUCCGGAUCUACAAAGGAUAAUGAGCACAAGCGCUCCCUAAUCAAGACUCCAUCUAGAAAAUCCCCAUUCCUGAACGAUGGCACCCCAGUGAGCAAGAACAGCAAUACAUCUGUAACUAAGAAAGGUGUCAAAAGAAGUGCAACCAAAGGCCAACUAAGAGAAACCCCAACAAACUCUGCUGUUAGCUCCUUCAAGUUGGUAACUCAGACUCCAGAAUCCACAAGCAUUAAGAAGCCAGCAUUUGAUCUGCAAGCAAGUCUGGCUAGGCCACUUAGUUAUCAGCCACACAGAGGAAAAUUGAAACCUUGGGGCAAAUCAAAGGAGAAUCACCAGAAUGCCUGUUCCCACAAGAAGAACUAUAAACAGCCCCUUCUCCAGACCAGAGAAGAGAGACGAGAAAGGCACACACAGGAGAGGAAACAGAGAAAAGACCAAGUGCUUGGAACCUACAGAGGACUGAGAGUUGUCUAAGGU